AUGGAUAAAAAUCGUUUAACAAAAGUCAAUAAUACAAAUCAUACUAUCAAUAGUAUAAAUAAUCAUUAUUAUACACCAUCACCAACUAUAGUAACAAUACCAAAUGAUGAUACGAACAUACAUGAAACGGAUCGUUUUAUAAAUGAACGUGCAUCAUCAAAUGUUAUAUCUGAUUUACCACGUUCACGUAAUCUUGAAGAAGCAGAUGAAAGUGAAUUACCAUUUCCUGGUUUUGUUGAUCAAGUCUUUUAUUGUCUUAAACAAACAACAACACCACGUUAUCAAUGUUUACGACUAAUAACAUGGCCAUGGUUUGAACGUAUAAGUAUGAUAGUUAUUAUACUUAAUUGUAUAACACUUGGUAUGUAUCAACCAUGUGCACAUAAUACGGGUUUACAAUUAACUAAAAAAUGUGAUACACCACGUUGUAUAUGGUUACAAGCAACAGAUUAUUUUAUUUUUGGAUUUUUUACUAUUGAAAUGUGUAUUAAAAUGACUGCCAUGGGAAUAUAUGGUAAAGGAACCUAUUUAGCGGAAACAUGGAAUAGACUUGAUUGUUUUAUUGUUGUUGCUGGAUUAGUUGAAUCAUUAAUACCAGGUGAUAAUUUAAGUUUAUCAGCUAUUCGUACAGUUCGAGUUCUUCGUCCAUUACGUGCCAUUAAUCGCGUACCAUCCAUGCGUAUAUUAGUCAUGCUUUUACUUGAUACAUUACCAAUGCUUGGAAAUGUGUUACUUCUUUGUUUUUUUGUCUUCUUCAUAUUUGGUAUUGUUGGUGUACAAUUAUGGAAAGGUCUAUUACGUAAUCGUUGUUUUUUACAAUUAAAUACAACAAUGAUCACUGAUAAUACUUUAUUUGAGGAUUUUCCAUAUCGGCCUUUUUAUAUUCCACCUGAUCAAGAUUCAUUUGUUUGUUCAAACCCUCAGGCAAGUGGAAUGACAAAAUGUUCAGAAAUUCCUAAAUUACGAAAAGGAAAUAUGACAUGUGAACUUGAUUUUUAUGCAGUACAUGAACAAAUGUUAAAAGAUCCACAUAAAUCAAUAAAUGGUUGUAUUAAUUGGAAUCAAUAUUAUAAAUUUUGUAAUGUAUCGGAUAAAAAUCCUUAUUCGGGUUCGAUCAGUUUUGAUAAUAUUGGUUUAGCAUGGGUUGUUAUAUUUCAAAUAAUUAGUCUUGAGAGUUGGGUUAAUAUCAUGUAUUAUAUACAAGAUGCUCAUUCAUUCUGGGACUGGAUUUAUUUUGUUUUUCUUAUUAUAAUUGGUUCAUUUUUUAUGAUUAAUUUAUGUCUUGUUGUUAUUGCAACACAAUUUAGUGAGACAAAAAAACGUGAAACUGAACGUAUGUUAGCUGAACGAAGACGUUUUUCACGUUCAUCAAGUACAUUAACAAGUGAUGAGCCAGGUUCAUGUUGGGAAGAAACUAUUAAAUAUCUUGAACGUUUAUGGAAACAUGCAUAUAAACGUUUAGUUAUAUCAUGGAAAAAUUACAGACGAAAAAGUCAGAAAACAAAAAGAGUUAAUCAGAAACGUUUACUUGAAGUUGGAAAACAUCGUCGAAAAAAAUUAUUAACAACAGAUGAUAAAAAAUUAUCUUCAACAUCUAAUCGUCCGAUAGUUCAUAAAUCUAAUUGUCGACUUUAUCAGCCUAUAGAAAAAUCAAGUCUUCCAACAUUUCCAUCAGCAGUAUCAUCAAUAAAUCCAUUUUUAAUUGAUGCACCAACUGCUAGUCCUGAAAUAUCGCAAAUAAUCGAUUCAAGAAAUCCACCAAGUCCUUCUAUUGAAACUCAAAUAAAUUUAUCUUUUUCUCAAGGUGCUCAUUCAUUAGCACCAACUCUAUCACCAUUACAAUUGAGGAAAUGUCUUAGAAAAUCAACGGAUGUUGCAGAAAUUCUUUGUCCAGAAGUCAAUACAAUUCCAUCAGCAAAUAAUAUAGUUGAACGUUUAUUAGUUGAAACAAAUGAGAAAAAAUCCAAUAUUCAUUUUUGUGAAUGUCAUCGUGAAGAUGAGAUCAGUGAUGAUGAUGAUGAUGAUGACGACGAUGAUGAUGAUGGUAAUGAUAAUUAUGAAGAAAGAAAAAAGAAGAAAAAAUCCAGAAUAUGUUCAUGUCUUAAUAAAUAUUGUUUUUCAUAUUUAACUAAAUUUCGUCAAUUAUUAUCAAAUUUUGUUGCAAGUAAAUUUUUUCGUCGUGUUGUUUUAACAGCUAUUGUUAUAAAUACUUUAUCAAUGGGUAUUGAAUAUCAUGGACAACCAGAUUCAUUAACAAAUGCAUUAGAAUAUAGUAAUAUCGUUUUUACGACGUUAUUUGCAAUUGAAAUGGUUUGUAAAAUAAUAGUUGAUGGGUGUUUAAAAUAUAUUAAAAAUGCAUAUAAUCUAUUCGAUGGUGGAAUUGUUAUUAUGAGUGUUAUUGAAUUACAAGGACAAAAAAAUAGUGGUCUAUCUGUUUUACGUACGUUUCGUUUACUACGUGUAUUAAAACUUGUACGAUUUAUGCCAACAUUAAGACGACAAUUGGUUGUAAUGCUCAAAACAAUGGAUAAUGUUGCAACAUUUUUUUCUUUACUGUUAUUAUUUAUUUUUAUCUUCAGUAUUUUGGGUAUGAAUAUUUUUGGUUGCAAAUUUUGCAAAUACAUCAAAGUAAAACACAGCGAACAUCUUGAAUUUGAGUGUUCACGAAAAAACUUCGAUUCUCUUUUAUGGGCAACUUUAACUGUAUUUCAAGUAUUAACACAAGAAGAUUGGAAUGAAGUACUCUAUAAUGGAAUGGAAAAAACAAGCGCUUGGGCAGCUUUAUAUUUUAUUGCAUUGAUGACAUUUGGAAAUUAUGUUUUAUUUAAUCUACUUGUUGCUAUUCUUGUUGAAGGAUUUUCAACAGAGAAAGGUACUGGUUCCGAGAGUGGAAGUAGUACUGAUCGAUUAGCUAAAGCUGAUCCAUUUAAAACUCAAGCACUUUUAACAGGUGAUGUUGAAACACCUGCCAAUCCACAUGAAUUAAUUACAGAUGAUAUUACAAGCACUAAAAAUAGUAAUCAUGAAAAUAAAAAUUCUCGAACAAAAGAAGUAAAAAUAAUGAUUCCAAAAAUUGCCAUUAGUAACGAUGAUGAAUUAAAAUUACCAAUGCUUCAAACACAUUUACGACAAAUAACGAAUAUUUCUACUCCAACAUCUCCAUAUAAAUCCAUAAUAAAAACUCGUUCAUCACAACCACAAACGCCAUCAUCAACAUCAACAACAACAUACAGUUAUUAUACAUGUCCAACACGUUUUGAUUCCUAUCAUACAAAUGAUGUAGCUCGUCGUUCAUCUAUAAUAAGAAGAUCGGCUAGUCAAGUGCAAAUAAAUAAACAAAUUAUCGAUGAAAAUGAUACUGAAAAUGAUGUUUCUGAAUUAUCACAAUUAGAUGAUAUAACAAAGCCGUCAACAUCAAUCGUUGAAAAAAUAAUUCCUAAACGACGUGAUACUAUAUCUACCACUUCAAUGUUACAUUCAAAUGAAAAUCUUCAUAAAAGACAUUAUAGUUUAAAUGGAAAUCAUUCAUAUACAAUUGUUAGUAAUGAUAAUUCUUCCGUAACAGUUUUAAGUAAAUCAUCACAAAAAUAUUUUACUCCAUGUGCUCCAACUCCUCCACUACCAGUACCAUAUUCAAAAAAUAAUAUGCGAAAUUCCUUAAUACAAUCAAAUUAUAGACAACAACAGGAGAAGUUAACUCCUAUGCGACGAGCAAAAUCUCAUCGACCAUCAUCAACAUCAUCAUCAACAACAACUUUAUAUAGACGUUUCAUGCAACGUGAUGGAAAAUUAAUUGAACAAGAUAUCGAUAAUUUACAUCCAUCUACAAAACGACGAUCAACAUUAGAUAAUUCUUCUUAUCCAAUGGGACAAAUAGAAACAGCAAGUAUUUAUGAAACACCAAAACAUGAAGAAUAUAUACAAUAUACACCAUCUCAUAAAACGAAUACCAUUCGAUUAGUUACAGAUACGAAUUUAAAUACACAAUCAAUAAUUAAUAAUCAAAGUGAUAUGCAAUUAGAUCUUGUCAACGAUGAUCGACAAGAAGUUGGACUUAUGCAAGCAUGUCUAUAUCGUAUAUGUGGACAACGAAUUUAUCACUAUUUAGAAAAACGAAGGGAUUAUUCUCUUUAUUUGUUUUCACCAGAGAAUCGAUUACGUAAAGCAUUAAAGUGUUUAAUCCAAAAAAAAUCAUUUGAUUAUACGGUUCUAUUUUUUAUUGCACUUAAUUGUAUAACACUUGCGAUGGAACGUCCAUCAAUUCCAGCAAUAAGUCUUGAACGUCAAUUUUUAAAUUAUACAAAUUAUAUAUUUACAGUUAUAUUUAGUAUUGAAAUGAUAAUCAAAAUCAUAUCGAAUGGUCUUAUAUGUGGACAACAUACAUAUUUACAUACAGGUUGGAAUGUUAUGGAUGGUUCACUAGUUAUUAUAUCUAUUAUCGAUAUUGCAACAAUGAAUCGUACUAGUGUUGGUGUUUCCAGUACAUCUACAAAUAAUGAAUCAGAUGCAACGACACGAAUAUUUAGUAUGUUACGAGUUUUUCGACUAUUAAGAACAUUGAGACCAUUACGAGUUAUUAGUCGAGCACCUGGCCUUAAACUUGUUGUUCAAACAUUACUUUCAUCACUAAGACCUAUUGGUCAUAUUGUUGUUAUUUGUUGUACAUUUUUUAUUAUUUUUGGCAUUCUUGGCGUUCAGCUUUUCAAAGGAAAAUUUUAUUAUUGUGAAGGUGCACUUGCUCGUGAUGUAAUAACAAGACAUCAAUGUGAAACUAUGGCUGAUCAUCGAUGGAGAAAUCAACAAUAUAAUUUUGACAAUUUAGGCCAAGCAUUACUUGCAUUAUUUGUUUUAGCAUCACGUGAUGGUUGGGUACAAAUUAUGUAUAAUGGUAUUGAUGCUGUUGGUAUUGAUAUGCAACCAAUAAGGAAUCAUAAUGAAGCUAAAUUAAUCUAUUUUAUAUCAUUUUUAUUACUUGUUGGCUUUUUUGUUCUGAAUAUGUUUGUUGGUGUUGUUGUGGAAAAUUUUCAUAAAUGUCGUGCUGAACAAGAACGUGAAGAAAAAGCACGACGUACAGCUAAACGAGCAAAAAAAAUUGAACAUGUUUUAUAUCGACCAAGUCCAACUGUAUCGCAUCAUCGUUCGAAUACAGUUCCAACACGUCAUCGAAAAAUUCCAUCAACUAAAACAUCUAAACAACAAACAACACAUCUUUCACCAACAUAUAAACGAAAUGAAACUUCAAAACCACGAUCAUCAUCAUCAUCUUCACGACCAUUUUCUCCAUCAUCAUUAAAAGCACAUCCAAAACGACGCAUACGACUUAUUGAUGAUACAGAUGAAGGUGAAUCACUAUCUGUUAGUAUGGUCCAACGUGAUGAUUAA